GAGAGAAGAGGGAGAGGGGGACGAUAAAAGGCAAGGGCAAAUAGGAGCCAUGGCCGUACGUGCAUAGCAUAACUAAGCUACUACAGUAGCAUACUCCCCAAGGUGCCAAGGCCAGAAAGAGAGAGAAACUACUGCUACUACUAGUAGCAGCUAGGGGAGACGGAGAAGAGAGAGAAAGUGCUUGCAAGAAGAAUAAGGUAGAGAGAGAGAGAGAGUUUGCAAGAAGAGGAGAGAAUAAAGAUCUUGCCGCUCUAGAGAGGAAGGGGGGGAUCGGAGCUAGCUACUAGGAAGCCGAGAUGGGCCGCGGGAAGGUGGAGCUGAAGCGGAUCGAGAACAAGAUCAGCCGGCAGGUGACGUUCGCCAAGCGCCGGAACGGGCUUCUCAAGAAGGCGUACGAGCUGUCCGUGCUCUGCGACGCCGAGGUCGCCCUCAUCAUCUUUUCCAGCCGCGGCCGCCUCUUCGAGUUCUCCACCUCCUCAUGCAUGUACAAGACACUGGAGCGAUACCGCAGCUGCAACUUCGCAUCUGAAGCAUCAUCAGCUCCAAUUGAGGCUGAACUAAGUAAUUACCAGGAGUAUUUGAAGUUAAAGACAAGGAUUGAGUUCCUACAAACCACUCAGAGAAAUCUUCUUGGUGAGGACUUGGGUCCACUUAGCACAAAGGAGCUUGAGCAACUUGAGAAUCAAAUUGAGAUCUCUCUCAAGCACAUCAGAUCAUCAAAGAACCAGCAGAUGCUCGAUCAACUCUUUGAGCUCAAGCGUAAGGAACAACAACUUCAAGAUUCUAACAAGGACUUAAGAAGGAAGAUACAAGAAACUAGCGAGGAGAAUGUGCUGCGUCUGACCUGCCAGGACCUUGGGCCUUGUGGAUCUAGGGGUCAUCCUGAUGACGCUAACCAGGAAUACCUUCGCCCUGCUGUUUGUGAUCCUUCCCUGCAUAUAGGGUAUCAAGCUUACAUCGACCACCUGAGCAAUGAAUAAGUUGUUUCAUUAGUGCACUAGCGGAAGCGUCUUCUAUAUAUUCGAUGUAAUGCUCUUGACAAAACUUCUAGCUUUGAGCUACAAUAUAUAUGUACUAAACUAAGAGGUCAUGCUCUAGACUCUCUUGAGUUCAAGAAGAAUGAUCUGAUGAUGAAUGCAUUGCAUGCUAAAUAAUUAAGCCCGAUAUAUAUCUCAUUUUGAA